GCUACGAAUCGCAAUUCGGCGUCAACCACGUCGGGCACGCGCUGUUCACGCAGCUGCUCAUGCCGCUGUUGCUAAAGACGGCCUCAACGUCGGCGCCGAACUCGGUCCGCAUCGUCAACGUGUCUUCGUCGCUGCAUGCUUCGGCGCCGAGCAAAGGCAUCGUGCUCGCCGACGCGAAGACAGACAUGGAGUCCUACCACAGCGCGACGCGCUACGCGCACAGCAAGCUCGCCAACAUCCUCUUCAGCCAGAAAUUGGCGGAGCUGUAUCCGUCGGUCACCACGGUGUCUCUGCACCCGGGCUUCGUCAACACGGAGAUCAACAGUGCCAAGGCUGGCGGGGCGAAGUGGUCGAGCAUGCUGAUCAAGGCCAUUGUUCCUUGGGUUGGGCUUUCGGUGGAGAACGGGACGAAGACCCAGCUUUGGUGCGGUACGGCGAAGGAGGUCGAGAGUGGCAAGUAUUACGAGCCUGUUGGCGUGGCGAAGCCGGGAAGCAAGAAGGCGCAGGAUGA